AUGUAAUAAAUAAGUAAGUAAGUAAGUUAAUUGUUUUGGCCAAACCACUCUCAGUGUCAUGGCCCCGUCAGAGGACUCCUCAGAUGAGGACAACUCGGGAGUAACAGCAGCAGACCCAGGAGCAGCAGGAGACACGGAGGAGCCUCCUGAGAAUCCAGCUCCUUCUGCCCCUCAGCUGCAGAGCACCCCAGGGACAGCAGAGGCCCUGCAGCCAGACACAGACAGUGAACAGGAUACUCCCCCCUCACCUGCAGAACGUAGACAGCAGAAGGUCAGGCAGAAGAGAGGCAGGCCUGUCUCCUUAAGGCCCAAACGCUGAGGGCUCACACCUGCUGUCCAUCCUGCUCUUUAUAAGGCACACCUUGGCUGCAGCUUGUUGCUGACUGCAAUGUCAGGUGUGGCUUUGUGUAGACCUAGUUUCCCUGCAGCAUCUCUUUGACUGACCUCCUUGGCAAUUGAUCCCGGACCUCCACUGACCUCGCUUCUGGACUUCUGACUCGGCAAGUAUGCUUCGGAUAGGCCUGGCAGAUUUACAACCUGACUGCUGGCUAAGGACUUUCCUUCCCUGCCAAAGACCCAGGAAUUUCCAGCCCCCCCUGACACUGCUGAUGCAGUGUAGAGCUGACACUCAUUGUGAGUUAAUGGGACUGUUGAGUGGUCGAUGUAUGUGUCUACAGAUGUAGUUGACAGCGGUACUGUUACUAUAUGGACUGUGACAGAUGAGUGUUCUCACCCCCCUGGAGGUAGAUUUUUGUUUUAGUCUGAACUGUACCGGAGAACUGGAGAGACACAAAGGCUUGUCCUGUUCUAUACACUGAAUCCCAAGGCAAUGGCUUUGUGGGACUCCCCAAGACACCUAAUGUGGUAGCAAGAUAUUUUGGGUUGUUAAUGCUGUGAGUCUUUCAAUUUUAUGGUAAAUAAAGCCAUAUCUCCUAAAGACAACACAGUCUCUACUGACCUUCAUUCAAAGGAAAACAAACCAAGGUGUGAUGAGCAGGAAGCAUGGGUCUCCAUUAAUAAAAGUCCUCCUACUCAGGCCAGCACAUUUCCUGCUCUGCAAGCCUUUGGCCUGGGCGUAGUGAUCCCUAUUUGACUUCGCUCAUAGAAUAAGUGGACCUGCUCCUUCUGAACGUAGCCUCAGAAGGCAGAAAACAAUUCCCUGAAGCAGAGAAGGGAUGAGGACCCCAUGAAAGACAAAGAGAUGAAAUAUGGAACAGCAAGACCCACCUACCUCUGAAGGAGGACUUGGCCCUGAUGCACUCAAGACUGGGACCUGUGCGGAGGAAUUCUUGGGGGGAAACGUGCAGAAGAUCUUGGGGGAGAACCCUCUCAGCUCAGAUGUGCAGCGCCAGCAGUUCCGGCGUUUCCACUACCAGGCAGCUGAGGGGCCCCGAGAGGCUUGCAGCCGACUCCACCUUCUUUGCCGUCAGUGGCUGAAGCCAGAGCGACGCUCAAAGAACCAGAUCCUGGACAAGGUGAUCCUGGAGCAGUUCCUAGCUGUCCUGCCCCCAGAGAUGGAGAGCUGGGUGAGGGAAUGUGGGGCUGAGAGGAGUUCCCAGGCUGUGGCCCUGGCAGAAGGUUUCCUCCUGAGCUGGGCAGAGGACGAGAAGCAGGCAGAGCAGCAGGAAAAGGGUCUGUGUGCAGAAAUAGGAACUGAUUUCCCUGAGGCAGAGAGGACUCCAUCGGACACCAGGAAGAGGCUUCUGGGGGAUGGAAUCAUGUCAGCAAGACCCCUUUCUGGUAAGGAUGAAUGGGCCGUAUCUCCAUUUGGUCUGUCUCUGUUGAUGUUGACUCCUUUACUCUUGUCUCCGAGAGCCAGUGUGGUGUAGUGGUUAAGGUGUUGGACUACGACCUAGGAGACCAGGGUUCAAAUCCCCACACCGCCAUGAAGCUCACUGGGUGACCUUGGGGCAGUCACUGCCUCUCAGCCCCAGAGGAAGGCAAUCGUAAACCUCCUCUGAAUACCUCUUACCAUAACAACCUUAUUCAUAUGGUCGCCAUAUGUCGGAAACAACAUUUUCCAUGCUCGUCUCCAGCUUUUUCCACAGCUCAGAAAUGCUCCUACUUACAUCAUGAUUUUUUACGUGGGAACCAUCACUUUGAUUUCUGGCUUAGAGCUCAAAUGAGGAGAUGUUUUAUCGCACAACUGAAACAUAAAUUGUGAAUAAAUACCUCACUCAGCUGAUAAGACCCUCAUGCAGUUAGACACAUAUAUUUUAACCUCUGAGAAUAGCGUACUGUAUAUUACAGGCUUUUGGGCCCAUUU